AUGGAGUCGACGGAGCCGGCAGAGCCGGACUCACCGCACUCCACCACGUCCGCAUGGAGCGGCGCAAAGAAAGCCAUGGAACGAAAGAGCACCCGCGCUCUGGCAUGGGGCAAUUCCAUCCGGGAGUACAACCAGAAGAAAGUCGAGAGAAGCAUGUCAUCGCAGUCACCGCCUACGAAGAAGAGCGUGCGAGCAACCGUUCAGCAAUGCUUGCGGAGAUACUGCUGCUUCUGCUUCGGCCCUGGCGAAGGAGAUUUGCCUCAAGCCGUGACCAUCGCCACGGAUGUGGAAGACCUCAAGCAGAGCGUUCGACAGAAGAUGUCGAAGCAGACUUACUCGGUCAAGGACUACUACAAGUCACAUGGUAUCUUCCAAAGGAUCGCGAAGAGCAACUACUUCGAAAACUUCACGCUGUUCAUCAUUGGAGUCAACUCGCUGUGGAUUGCGUUCGAUACCGACAACAAUGAUGCGGCGAUCAUCACAGAGGCGAAGGUGGAGUUUCAGAUUGUUGAGAACAUCUUCUGUGCGUUCUUCACAUUCGAGUGGUUGGUUCGCUGGAUGGCAUUCCGGAGAACGGCGUAUGCAUUCAUGGAUGCCUGGUUUGUGUUUGACACCUUGCUCGUGACCUUGAUGAUCCUGGAGACGUGGAUCACGCCGAUCGUCCUGGGCAUGCUGAGCAUUUCGAGUGACGGCAUAGGCGACGCCUCCAUCCUACGUCUCGUACGGCUGCUGAGACUCGCUCGAAUGACACGGGUCGCAAAGCUCCUGCGCGCUUUUCCUGAGGUGCUGAUCAUGAUCAAAGGCAUCAGUGCAGCGGGUCGGUCUGUAUUCUUCACCAUCUGCCUGCUCAUCCUGGUGCUGUACAUCUUCGGCAUUGCCUUCAAGCAGAUUUGUGUAGAUACGAAGACCAUCGGAGUGGACAAGUUCCCCACUGUGCCAGAAGCCAUGCUCACUCUGCUGAUCCACGGAGUGUUUAUGGACGAUAUGGCAGAGCUGGUGGCUAUUGUAAAGGAAGAAAGCUCCGUUGCCUUCGGCCUGUUCAUCAUCUUUGUGCUUAUUGCCUCCAUCACCCUCAUGAACAUGCUCAUCGGAGUGCUGUGUGAAGUGGUCUCCAUGGUCGGGCAGAGCGAGCGCGAAGAACUGCUUGUGGACCUCGUGAAGCGGGAGCUCUUGGACAUUAUCAUAUCAGCCGACGAAGAUGGCGAUGGGUUGAUGUCACAUGCAGAGUUCCUCAGGAUCUUGGAAAGUUCCGAGGGCCUCAAAGCGCUGGAGACGGUCGGGGUCGAUCCUGUGGGUUUGAUUGAUUAUGCAGACCAGAUCUUUGCGAAGGAGAAUGGAGAUGAAGGACAACAAGAAACCAUCCUGUUUUCCCAUUUUAUGAACGAGAUUUUGCAGCUGCGGGGCAGCAACACCUGCACGGUGAAGGACCUCAUCAACAUGCGAAAAGUCGUCGAGAGAUCGAGCAAGGAUUUCAAGGAGCAGCUGGGACACGUUACAACGCAUCUCACUGUCCUGGAAGAGAAGCUAGAGGACCUGAAAGUGAAGGGGCCAGUGCAUGAGAAACAGGAGAACAGCCUGGCUAAGCCAGAGUUGUCACAGACAAUGUCAAAGACACUGUCCAAGGGUGUGGAACAAACGCCGCGAGAUCUAUCUCCAGUAUUGCUGCAAGCCCACAUGCCGCCGAACCCGACUGGCUUUCGCAAGACAACGGGGAACAUGAAAGUCGGAGAUCCCAACCUAUACAGCAGCGUGGCCAACGCUUGGGGGACCGCCACCAAGACCUACUUCCCGGAUAUGGAAGGAAGCCUUUCACAGAAGCUCCUUGAGAUGCAGGGCAUCCUCAACGAGCUUAUCCUCGGGCCCCACUCUUCAGGAGGAAGCCCUGUUGUCGCUGGAGUCGUUGUGGGGGAAGCGAACGGGGAUGCAGCGGGCGGCAAGCCAAGGGAGGUCGAUGUGGCAAAUCAGAAUCUCCGCAGAGCGGCCCAUCGAGGCGACGCUUCAGACGCGCGAGAGCGCGAAGCACACAAACGAGAUGAUUCUCGAGCACGAUUUACUUUCCGCGUCUACGGUCGGCCACUGAACGGCGAGGACAUUCCUCGAGGGCGUGUGCUGGGUCGCUACUUGGGGCGCCGGCCGUCGAGAGAGCGCAGUCUUCCGCAGUAG